GCUAUUCAAAAGACAUGUAAAGUAAUUACUUUUAAAAAGACAAAAAUGAUUCAAAAGAUAAAUGUGAUUUUGUUACUAAUUUUGUGUAGUGCUUCAAUUUUUCAUUGUUACCGAUAUUCGGAAAAUGUUGGAAUCGUUGAAAAUAAUAUUUUAAGCGAAUCAAAUAUUGUUUAUACAUCGUUAGGUAGAAUUUUAGGAUCAACAAAUUUUAAAACGCGUUUAGGGAAAAUUAUUUAUGCAUUCCGUGGUAUACGAUUCGCAGAGCCACCAAUUGGAAAUCGAAGAUUUCAGCCACCAGAACCAAGGAGAUCGUGGGGUGAUGAUAUUUUAAAUGCUACUGAAGAAGGGCCAGCUUGCCCACAAACUGUCCGAAUUACUUCUGAAUUUCCAUAUCGCAUAUCUGAAGAUUGUUUACGUUUGAAUAUUUAUACAACCAAGAUGCCUGGCGGUCUAGAUAACUCUUUACGUCCGGUAAUGGUAUUUUUUCAUUCUGGUGAAUUUUAUGGAAUGUCUGGUAUUUCUUAUUUUCUUGGACCGGAAUAUUUAUUAGAUGCAGAUAAUAUACUGGUUACUGUUAAUUAUCGCCUUGGUGCCUUAGGUUUUAUAAGCACUGGUGAUGAACAUGCACCUGGAAAUUUAGGACUUAAAGAUCAGGUAUUUGCAUUAAGGUGGAUUCAAAAUCAUAUUCAAGAUUUUGGAGGCGAUCCAAAUCAAGUAACAAUUAUGGGAAGCAGUGUGGCUUUACAUUUGGUAUCACCAAUGUCGAAAGGUCUAUUUCAUCGAGGAAUCGUCAUGAGUGGAUUACCAAAAGCAACAUUAGAAACACCCAAACAUCAGUAUCAUUUAGCUGAAAAACAAGCUGAACUUCUUGAUUGUCCCAGUAGCAAUAGCUUAGAAAUUCUUGAGUGUUUAAAGACAAAAGAUGCUGAAGAUAUAUCCACGACAUUAUCUAGUUUUCAAGAGCUUGGCUUAGAUCCAAUAUUAAUUUGGAAGCCAGUUGUAGAGCCAGCUCACUCUGGUGAAAAGUUUUUAACCGACGAUCCCAAUAAAUUGUUUAAAGAAGGAAAAUUUACUAAAGUUCCCAUAUUGUGUGGAAUAACCGAUAAUGAAUUUGCUUACUUAGCUUAUGAGGUUGUAAAUAAUAAAACUGUUUUAAAUGAAUGGAAUAAUAAUUUUGCGUAUGCCGCGCCAAUUGGAAUAGGCUAUGAAAGAAACACUAGCAGAUCCAAAAAUAUUAGUGAUUCUUUACGAAGUUUUUAUUUUUCUGAUUCUGAAAUUAAUGAAUCUACCGUAGAGCAAUUGGGUAAGAUGUAUGCGGAUGGUAUGGCCGGAUUCGUAAUGAACCGUUUUGCAAACUUAAUAUCCCAAUGGAAUCCUUUUCCAAUUUAUUUCUAUAAGUUUGCAUAUAAAGGGCUAAACAGUUACUUCUAUUUACCGAAAUUAAAUCGACCAAUAGGUCCAGUUCAUUACGAUGAUUUAAUUUACAUAUUUUUUAUACGGCAUCAAAAAUUUCCAUUAUUUGGUCCAAAUGAUCCAGCAAUUAGGACUGUGGAACGAAUGACAAAACUUUAUACAAAUUUUGCAAAAUUUGGAAAUCCAACACCAGAAAAAGAUCCAAUAACUGAUCGAGUUAUUUGGGAGCCAUUCACAAGUGAUAAUAAAAAAUAUAUGAAUAUUCAAUGUACAUUAAAAAUGAAACAAGAUAUGUUCGCUGAGCGUUAUGCAAUUUGGAAUCGACUAUUUCCUAUAUAA